AUGAGGACAAUUUAAUGUUUACUUGUGGAAUUGAAGCACAACGCGCAUUUAGGCAGAGCGUGUUCUCUUUCAUCGGCGUUAGCUGGGAAGCUAAACAGCUAGCUGCAUUGACCAGUUAGCUCACUGCUGGCUAGUUCAGCUUCAGAGAGAGGAGAGAAAUAACAGUGGUUUGUGUGGCCGGUGAACUAUCCUUUAUGUCUAUAAAGAUAUUGUGAACAGGCGAGUCAGGACACCGUGUUUAGUGCUGUUUUUCGAACAAUAAUAAAAAAAAAAAUCUAGAUAAGUGUUUGGACUCGUGUGUUGUAUAGUGUUUUUCUUGCAGGUAUAAGAUGUUAAAACGGCACCGAGGCUCACUGUCUUCUUGAGCAUGUUCUCGCCAGAUCUGAAGGAUUUCCAGCUUCUAUCACGUUGGCUAAUCAACAAUAGACCCCAUAAUACCUGGCCAGGUCUCUGUCAGGUUUCCAGUGUCACGGUUGCAGCCGGGUGAUUUAACCGAUAUCUAACUGAAAUCUGUAUAUAAAUGAGGAGGAUGUUGAGUGGUUGAUCACCAGGCCUGUGACAAAUGAACAGUCGAGAAAUACGAGUUGGCUUAGCAUGUAAAAAUGGCUGACCUAGCAAAAGCACGGGGCUGAGACGUUUUUUGCGACUCUGCUUUCUUCACACAGCCACCCAGUGCGAAUAUGAAUUGAUGUUAGGUUAAAAUAAACAUAGAUAUUGUCGUACAGGUGUAGUUUCGUCGACCUUCUACCGUUUUCAGUAUUUUGGUUGCUCUGAGCACGGUUUAUUUUGCAGGCGUACAUUGGUGUGAACAUUCAGCUCUGCUUCUCUGGUUAAACCCAGCCUUUGCUCCUCUUCCCCAAGGAUCAUGGCCAAAGAUGCUGGUCUGAUUGAGGCCAAUGGGGAGUUGAAGGUUUUCAUUGACCAGAAUCUGAGUCCAGGCAAAGGAGUUUUGUCUUUAGUGACUGUUCAUCCACAGUCCGUUGCAGUAGGAAAACAACUUUUGCCAAAAACACUGGGCCCUUCAAAUGUCAAUAUUGCUCCUCAGAUGGUCAUUGGGACACCUCAGAGGCCAAGUGGGUCCAACGUGCUCUUAAUGAACAGUCCUCACACACCCAGCUCUCAGUUCAUCACUCAGAGCCAACCUCCCGAUGCCUCCCCAUGGUCCUCAGGGAAAAGAAGUAAGAAGGGGGAAAAGAAUGGCAAAGGUCUGAGGCAUUUUUCUAUGAAGGUGUGUGAGAAGGUACAGAAAAAGGGUGUUACCACGUACAAUGAAGUAGCAGAUGAGCUGGUGGCCGAAUUCAGCUCUGGUGAUAACCACAUCUCCCCAAAUGAUGCGCAAGUAUAUGAUCAGAAGAAUAUUCGGCGGCGUGUAUAUGACGCUCUCAACGUGCUGAUGGCCAUGAACAUAAUCUCGAAGGAGAAGAAGGAGAUCAAGUGGAUUGGGCUUCCCACCAACUCAGCCCAGGAAUGCCAGAAUCUGGAGGUGGAGAGGCAAAGACGUUUAGAGAGAAUCAAACAAAAACAGUCACAACUCCAAGAACUUAUUUUACAGCAAAUUGCGUUUAAGAACCUUGUGCAGCGUAACCGUCAAACAGAGCAGCAAACAAACAGAGCACCACCAGAAAAUUCAGUCAUUCACCUGCCCUUUAUCAUCAUUAAUACCAGCAAGAAAACGGUCAUUGACUGCAGCAUCUCCAAUGACAAGUUUGAGUACCUCUUCAAUUUUGACAGCAUGUUUGAGAUCCAUGAUGACAUUGAGGUAUUGAAGCGCAUGGGCAUGGCAUGUGGCCUGGAGGUUGGCAAAUGCUCUGCCGAAGACCUCAAAGUCGCCAGGAGCCUCGUUCCUAAAGCACUGGAGCCUUAUGUCACAGAAAUGGCACAGGGUCCAAUUAGUAACGUCUACAUGACGGGGACUUCAUCUGCCAAUGGGAGUCGCUAUCAUGUCAGCAGUGAAAGUGGAGCAGACGGAACAAUGGCCUCCAGCUCCAACGACUCACACUACAGUGGUUCUCGGGUCGAGACCCCAGUUUCUUACAUGGAUGAUGAUGAGGAUGAUGAUGACUAUGAUGAAAAUGAUGAAGAUGACUAACCCUGUCAAGCCGCACUUCCUCCAACAGCUGUAUUCACGGGGUUUAUUGUAUACACACAAGCUCCCUCUCCCUGUCUGCUCCUAGCAGUCCUUUAAUUUUCACCCUUUUUUUUUUUUGUUUGUUUUGUUUAUCUUGAAGGGUAUUGAAGCAUGGGCUUUAAAGGAGUGUUGGUUUCAUUCAGCCCUUUCUUCUGUAUGGCUUAGGCUGUGAAAUCACAGCACCGUGCUAGUGCAGGUUCUGAUAUUUAAUCCUUGUAGCUGUAGUUUUCAAAAAAAAAAAAAGAGGACUUUUGUGGAACUUUUAUGAAGUUGCAGCACUAUGCCAUCCAGCAUCUGCUGGAAUUAGCAUGACUUACAAAAGAACCCCCUUCUCAAGCAGAUACCAACCUGCUGUUGGAGAAUGUGUUGUGUGACCUCUCUCUGUAACAUAAUUAGGCUAUCUGCUUUUGAACAAUUUUUUUUUUUCCCCUUUUAAAUGCUGGCUUAUUCUGAAGAUUCAGAUUGCUGCCACCUCUUAGACUCUAGGCGCAAAGAAUCGGCACAGCCAGCUUACCAUUUUGCCCCAUCGGGGCAAGUCUUUGGAUGUAUGGACACUUUUUGCAAGAUUGGAGGAACUGAUGGCUUGUGUGUGUGUGUGUGUGUGUGUGCGCGUGCGUGUUUUGUGGGCAGCUGUUACUGGGAGCUCUGUUGAACAGCCUUUUUUUUUUUUUUGAGCUUUAGAGGUGAACCCUGUCCUGUUCCCUCUGUGUUUUACAACUGACAGUCAUCAGGAAAUCGGAGAAACUUUUAUUAUCCACUUAAAUUUAUAGGAAAUUGAACCUCUAAAGAUUAGUUUCUCAUUUCCUCUCCAGGUCAGUCACACUACGGAGUAAGUCAUGAUUAUUAUCCCAGUAUGAGAGGCGUGUGUGAUGUAUAUUUAAAAAAAACAAAAAAACAAACUCCCUUGUAAAAUGUAAAAAAAAAACCAACCUGUUGUAUUGACUUCACAAAAAUAACUUUUCUGUAAUCUAAUAUAAGUUUGGAAAUUAAAAUAUGUUUUAAAAACAUUGAAUGCAAGGUGUUUAUUGGUGAUAUUAAUGUAAUAUUACUAAUUUACAAUAAACCUUUUAUAUAUAUUUU